AUGCUGCUACUCGGGUGGCAACUGAAACAAGGUCCUCUACAGAAGAUUUCGUGUAGGCUCUGUGCCGGGAUGGGAAAACUACAAAGCAAACUCAAACACAGUACUUAUAAAUACAGCAGGCCUGAUGGAAUUAUAGAAGAGAAAAUUCAAACUAAAGCUUUUCAAGAGUAUAGCCCUGCUCAUCUGGAUACCGUCUCUGCUGUUGCUGCUCUGAAUUCAGAUCUUUGUGUCUCUGGAGGAAAAGAUAAGACUGUUGUGGCCUACAAUUGGAAAACUGGAAAUGUGGUGAAAAAGUUCAAAGGACAUGAGAAUGAAAUCACCAAGGUAGCCUGCAUUCCCAACUCAAGCCAGUUCUUCAGUGCCUCUCGUGACAAAAUGGUCAUGAUGUGGGACUUGCAUGGUUCCUCACAACCUAGGCAGCAAUUGUCUGGCCAUACCAUGGUGGUGACCGGAUUGGCUGUGGGUCCAGACUUGUCACAGUUGUGCACUGGCUCUCGGGACAACACCUUGCUUCUGUGGGAUUUGGGAACCGGACAGUGUGUGGAGAGAGCAUCUGUUUCCAGGAAUGUGGUCACUCACCUGUGCUGGGUCCCCAGAGAACCAUAUGUACUACAGACCUCUGAGGAUAAAACCAUCAGAUUAUGGGACAGUCGGGGGCUGCACAUAGCCCAUAUGUUUCCUGCAAAGCAGCACAUUCAGACCUACUGUGAAGUCAGUGUAGACGGACACAAGUGUAUCUCAUGCAGCAAUGGCUUUGGAGGGGAAGGCUGUGAGGCCACGGUAGGAGACCAUGUGGGGUCCAGACUAAAGGAGUGUGAAGUGGAGAAAGGAUAUUCUCAGAUUAUCUUUAUCUGUUUUUUCCUGCCCUGCUCCUUGAUUUGUUCUCCAGACAUCGUGUUUCAUGAUUUGUUCUCUGGCCUAAUCUUGUUUCUACUUCCUUCCCCAGCCUGCCUUUUCACGUUGUGUCUGGAUGGAGCUGGACCUUUGACUUCCCUGGCUGUUGGUGAUACCACCUCCUUGUUGUGUGCAAGUUUCAACAGAGGAAUUCACUUACUCAGAGUGGACCACAGUCGGGGGCUGGAACUGCAGGAAGUGGCAGCAUUCUGA